AGCACAUAAAUAGUUUGUCAUCGCCAUAAUUAUAACAUACUAAGUUCUGGUUUGUAAACAGUAGGCGGGGUUUGUCAAAGUUAAAUCUUUACAUUUAUCAAAUGUGUACUAUUUAAUAAUAAUAGACAUGCGUAUAAUCACGUCUGUUUGAAAUUUAAUGUUGAGGAAAUAUUGAUCCAUAUUGAAUAUAAGUACUAUAUCUACAUACAAAAUGAAAUUUUUAAUAUUCAUUUGUAUUUUAUAUUUUUUCUUACAAACCGAGGCGUACAAGAUUCUGUUGUGUUUUCCUUUGCCAGUGAAGAGUCUAAACAUUUUGGGUGAAGGCAUUGCUAGACACUUAAUUGAGGCGGGACAUGAGGUGACAUACAUAACCGCUUUUCCACCGAAGGAGAAAUUAACAAAUUUGGAAGUUAUUGAUGUCAGCAGUAAUGGAAAAAUAUUUGAAGGGGAUUCAGUUUUGGACAUAAAAAACAUAUUGGAGACCCGUGCCAUCCAGGCUGACAUGUCGUAUUUGCAGAGGACAUUCCUCGACAUAGCGGUAACCACUCUCCAGCAUGAGAAUGUGAAAAGGAUAUUGCAUGACGAUCAGAACUUCGACGUUGUUUUAGCAGACUAUUUGGAAGUUGAGUUGUACGCUGCAUUCGCAGCCCUAUACGAUUGUCCUAUGAUAUGGAUAUAUUCCAUGGGAGCCCACUGGCUGCCUCUGAGGUUGAUAGACGCCCCGGCAAACCCUGCCUACUCAAUGGACUACCUGACUCCCCAUAUCCCGCCAUUCUCCUUUUCACAGAGGGUGCAACAACUUUGGAGUCAGGUCAAGUGGUCGUAUCUUAAAGAGGUAUACACUCUGCCAAAAGAAGAAUCUUUCUACAACGAAUUCUUCGGACCUCUGCUCUCCAAUCGAGGUCUACUGUUACCCCCAUACCGGGAACUGAUAUACGACGCGUCCAUGAUCCUGGCUAAUGAACAUCACGCAAUGGGGAACAUUCCUUCUACCCCCCAGAACUUUAGGUUCAUAGGGGGCAUCCAUAUUCAGACUCCUGUCAAACCCUUGCCUAAGGACUUGCAAACAUUGAUGGACAAUGCAGAACACGGCGUGAUAUACUUCAGCAUGGGAUCUACUUGGAAAAGUAAAGAUAUACCGCUGCAUUUGAAGGAAGACUUGUUGGACAUGUUCGGGGAACUGGAACAGACAGUCAUAUGGAAACAUGAGGAGAGUCUACAGAACGUGCCGAAGAACGUGCAUAUCGUUCAUUGGGCACCGCAGACUAGCAUUCUUGCUCACCCUAACUGCCUGUUCUUUAUCACGCACGGCGGGCACCUCUCGUCCACCGAAGCCCUACAUUUCGGUGUGCCCAUCAUCGGAGUCCCCAUAUAUUUCGACCAGUUCAUCAACGUGAACAAAGCGGUGAACAAAGGGUUCGCCCUCAUAGCGGAGCUGGAUGUACACUUGGCAGACAACCUUAGGACGCCGAUACAGAAAAUGCUGGCUGAUCCAAGUUACAGAGAAAAUGCGCAAGAACUAUCGAAGAUAUACCACGACCGGCCAAUGCCAGUCCAUCAAGAACUUUUAUACUCUGUGGAACACGUCAUAAGAACUGGUGGUGCUCCACAUUUGCGUUCCCCAGGAUUACACGUUCCAGUUGUCCAGAAAUUAUAUUUAGAUUUAAUCGCUAUUAUUUUGUUUAUUAUAUUUAUUGUAUACAAGGCUUUUAAGAGAGUUUUUGGCAAGAGAAGGGGACAAAGGAGUUGGAAGAAGAAAAGAAAUUGAAUGGGUAUAGUAACAAGCACAAAAGUUGAUUUAGACAAGAAAUGUUAUUUUUGUAUUGAAUAUAGAAACAUUGGAAUAAA